AUGUCAAACAUCCUUAGUGUUGUGCCAGUGACGUAUCCUGGCGCUGAGGGAACAUGUAUUGCCACUACAGGAGCGGACAAGCGCAUUGUAAUUACACAUGUCGCGUCAGGUGAGUUGGUCGGCUUGUUGGAGCCGACAAGCCAAUCUGCAUGUGGUGCACAUGGUCAUCGAGCUGCCGUGCUCGCUGUUUGCCAGCAUUCGACUGCACCACAGUACAUGGCUACAGCUGGGAUGGAUGGUUUAGUCGUAGUAUGGGAUACGAGACGAGAUGAGCCAGUCCAGACACUAGACGAUCAUAAGCGCUAUGCGGUGCGCGUCGCGUUUAGUGAAGAUGGCAUGUUUAUGAGCAGUGCUGGCUACGACAAAGCGGUUCAUAUCUACGCGAACCAGAAUGAGCAAGGGAGUGAGCAGCCUUACUUUGUUCGGAUUCAUACGAUUGAAACACAGACGAACCCAGAGGCACUGCUUUUUGUGCAGGGCCCUAUGACACCCGAUACCCAUGCGAAUGCUUCACAAGAACGCGUUCGUUCUUGGCUCGUAUACACCGUGCGCGAUCGUGUGGAAUUACACUAUGUUGCGCUGCCUCAUGAAGGAGCUGAAGGUUCCGAGCCUGAAGCUGCUACACCAAACUGGUCCAUAUUAACAUUCAAUACGAACCCAGAUCCGGCGGAUCAUCACGCAAGCUACUCGCUGCUUGACCUGGCCUUACAUCCCUCUGGCAGAUACAUCUCGGCCCAGACGGGCGAUCACGGUGCAGCUCAUACACUAAGCCCGUGUUAUGAUCAUUCGCUCUCGCGCAUUCUUCUUUUACCACUGUUUUCGGAGCAUCGCCACACGACUCUUUGGACGGGUGCACCAUCAUCCGCCUUUACGAGUCCACGACACGCAUGGCGUCCAUCAGGCGAUGGUGCCUGGGUCACAGGAGACGAUGGUGUUUUACGUCUCAUCGGCUUGGAUGGCCAUGUUAAUGCUCAUGUACGCACUCACGGCGUAGCUGCUGAGUCUACUUCGAAUGCGACUAUGGCUGCGGCUGAGUGGCGAUAUGGUGGCAACACCAUUGUUAAGGAUGUGGCUGUGCUGCCCGACGAUCGCGUUGUGAGUUGCGGCUUUGAUCGAACUGUACGAAUUUUGUCAUCGACGGUGUAA